UUUUUUUUUUUCCUUCUAAACCAUAGGGGGAUAAUCUGCUCAACAGACACCCUAACAGAAGGUUAGGGUAGUGUAGGUCUGACAGGCCGUCUUCUACAACAAAAGUAAAAUCCAGGACUACUCUCUCCUCGUACCCACUAAACCAUUCCUAUGGUCGCCAAACCCUACGUCUCUCCGGAACCACCAAGAAGGCAUUGCUUCAGAGAGGGGCUAGUGCACAUCGCACCCACAAGGUUAGCUGCGUAGCCUGCAGCAACGAACAUCGAUGACUCGCUUUGGAGAGUCCAUCACGGUAGCAUGCUGGCGCUUAGCCAGUUUCCCGAGUGGUCCUCGCCACUCCCUUUGUCCUCGGAAGGCGGGCAGGGUCAACCCCGCCCGCGCCCUACUGCUGAGCGGACAUCAAGAACUGAUGCCCACGUGCAACCCGAUCUGACCUGCCCGUAAGGAAGGGUAUCACUACCCUUCAGGCCCUAUCAGAUGCACCCGUAGGUUGCAGACAGCAGGAUCUCACCUACCCCGACCCUUGCCGGGGACCCCUUUCCAACCGCGGGCUCGGAUCCAACCCAGUAGACCGACGCCACGACAGCACCGCUACCGGGACUUCCUCUCCGCGGCCACUUAAUCGUUGUAAGGGUCGAUCUCGACCGCAGGGCACCGGUAUGACCUACGAAGCCGACUCCGAACCCCUGGACCACCUCUUGUACUGCAUCUGGACUAGCCAUUCUCCGAGUCCACGCGCCACCUCCUCUGUAGCUCCCAGACGAUGUGGGUAAUAGCCGUUGAAACGGCGCUCCAGCCAAACUCAUCCCUACACAUCCUCUGGACCAAGUUGUCCGGAGUUGUGUCCUCCCCGCAUGUGGCAAGCAUGCGGUCACGCAUUGUGCGAAAACGCGGGCACACGAACAAAACGUGUUCCGCCGUUUCCUCUAAACCAUUGCACACUGGGCAUUCGGGAGAAUCCGCAUGCCCGAAACGGUGUAGAUACUGUCUGUUGGGGGCAACCCUACGCCACUGCCAACCGAUAGCGCGCAACACUGUUUCAUGUCACCAACACUUCCCCAACCGUCAGGUGUCAAAUAUUGACAGAAGCCAUCUGACGCAACUCCAAAAUUGAUUAUUCAUCAUUCUCAAACCUCUUCUUUGAUUAGUACACAAAAAGGGUAGAGGAAAUAAUAAGUUAAAAUUAUAUGUGAAUUAGACCGUCAUCCUGCUGAAUUAAAGUGAAUUAAACCAAAGGAGACCAAUUAUUUGAGCUCGCUAAACUUAACCUAAAAACGGCGUGCUACAACUAAGGAAUCCGAAAACGUUCCAACAAAACUCAAAUAAUUGAGGACCAUUUCGGAACGGAUUCGUCAGGAUGCCGGAGACCGACCGCUUCGACUGCCAGUUGUGCGAUCUGGCGAAUAACAUCGACGACAUGGUGCAGUGCGAAGGUUGCGGAAAAUGGUUCCACUACGGAUGCGUGGGUUUCGACGAUGGCAAGAAGGAGGAACACUGGAAGUGCCAAGAAUGUGUUGCCAAAUCAACUCUCGGAGGCGGCGAAGGAAACUCCAGUGCCCAGGUCAGCAGCGAGCAGCAGCAAGCGAACAGCUUCCCCCGAAGAGGAGAGUCGCUCGGGGAUGUCGCUCGGCUUAACCUCGAAUUGCUGGAGGAGCGAAAGGCGUUUCUGCUGAAGGAAAUCGAGCUACAACAAGCGGCCCAGCUGGAACAGCGGAAGUUGCAACUGGAGAAGGAAGUCUGGAAGGCAAGAUACGACAUCGUAAACGCGAGGGGUGAAGCAGCCAGCAGCGAAGGGAAUACCAGUGGCCUUGGAGACUGGAUGCAUCGACUGAAUCAGUUCGCCGUUAGCCAAUUUCAGCCAAUUUCUGUGGCGGCGAGUGCGGUGACGGUUCCGACUACGAUCUCUGGAACAAGGCCACCACAUUCCACUGUUGGUGGGAUCAAAUCCACCCCGCAAACAAGUACGUCAUUCCCAGCAAUCGUGUCGCUCUUCGGGACAGAAUCAGGUGCAGUUUCCCAACCGACGUCCAGCCAAGCGAUUCAUCAACAAAGCCACCUUCCGACGAGCGUUCAUCCGAUGGGACAAGCUACCAGCUUUAUGCACGACUUCCAGCCUGGAGGAGGAGCAAACCGUCCGGGAUCAUCGACGCCGAUCACUACAGCCAAUUGGGUCAAUCCAGUGACGGGUCUCACCAGCUCCACCCAGGCUCUACCACCAUCCAUCAGCUCAGUCGGACAGUUCGUUAACUACCCGAUGCAAUCGGUACACGUAAGUCAACCAUACCAGGUAACGACUAGCUUAGGUAAUUUUGCAUCAGUAGGUCAGGUAGCUUGUUCCCAAUACGCAAACUGUAGUGUAGGGCCAGUUCAUCCCCAAAUGAGUACAAUAAAUGCACACACGUCCUACACUCCCUUCCCCCUCCCGACAAGCCUUCCUCAAGUCAACCCACAUAUUUCGCAAGCACACUUUGGUGCCCCAAUGGUUCCCGUCGCGAAUAUCGAUAAUACGGCACCUACAGCUCGUCAACUCGCGGCGCGACACGUUAUGCCGAAGGAACUCCCAGUGUUCACUGGCAAUUCGGAAGAGUGGCCAAUGUUCUUCAGUGCUUUUAACACAUCGACGGAAGCGUGUGGCUACAGCAACGUGGAGAAUCUUGGCCGACUUCAGCGGUGCUUGAAGGGCGGCGCUCUAGAGGCGGUUCGCAGCCGUUUGUUGCUGCCUGCUUCGGUGCCGCAAGUGAUGCAGACGUUGCAGAUGCUGUAUGGGCGCCCGGAACAAAUAAUCUAUGCGCUGCUGCAGAAAGUACGAGAAGUUCCGGCACCAAAAGCGGAUAAUUUGUGUACGGUGGUGGCCUUUGGGAUGGCAGUUCAGAACUUCUGUGAGCAUCUGGAGGCAGCGGGACAAGUACUUCAUUUUUCGAAUCCGGUACUACUCCAGGAGCUUGUGGAUAAGCUUCCAGCAAAUCUGAAGCUAGAGUGGGUGACGUUCAAGCGGCAAUUUGCGGUGGCUGACCUCCGUGUAUUCAGCCGAUACAUGGCCAAUCUGGUGUCGGCGGCCGCCGAAGUCACACUCACUUUGGACCCGAAAGGAUCGAAACCGAAAAGGGAAGAAAAGCAGAAAGGUUUCGUCAACGCUCAUGCUACACCAUCCGGUGCAGUAACUGCUGUGAAGCCAAAGGGGGAGUCAACGAAGGCAGUACCGCCGACCUCACUGUCGAUUACCUGCCUGGUCUGUGGAGAUCCGGAUCAUCGAGUAAAAGAGUGUGGAGCUUUCAAAAAGAUGAAUCCAGACGACCGCUGGAAAACUGUUCGCGACCAUUUCCUGUGUCGGAUCUGCCUUGGGAAGCAUGGUAGAAAACCAUGUCGAUCCACGGCCCGUUGUGACGUGCAAGGCUGCCAAAUGCGCCACCAUCCACUUCUACACAGCGACUCGGGAAGUUCAUCGACAUCGGCCAAGUCGGCACCACAAGGAAGUGAGGCGGUGCCACGCAGCACCCCUACCGAAGGCGUGAACGCACAUCACACCCAUAGCUCCACGCUGUUCCGCAUGUUGCCGGUGCGACUCUUCAGCAAGGGCAGGAGCUUAGAAACAUUAGCUUUCAUCGAUGAAGGAUCGUCCGUUACACUGCUGGAGAAGGGCAUAGCGGACGCUUUGCAGGCUGAAGGAGCGGAAAUGCGUCUUUGCCUAACCUGGACGAGCAAUAUCAGCCGAGAAGAGGAAGGUUCGCGCCAAGUGGAAGUAGAGAUUUCCGGAAUCGGAGGAGGCAAACGGUAUCCGCUGAAGGAUGUCAGAACCGUAGAAUCCCUGGCAUUGCCGGUACAGACGCUGCGCUACAACGAGCUCGCUGACCGGUUCGAACACCUACGAAAGCUGCCGGUUACAGACUUCGAAUCUACGGCUCCAGGAAUUCUCAUUGGAGCAAAGAACACCCAUCUCACCGCCACUCAGCAAAUACGGGAAGGUCGCGUAGGAGAACCGAUCGCGGCGAAGACCCGUCUUGGAUGGGCUAUCUACGGAUCAAUGCCAAACGGGACGAAUUUCGCGAGUUGCAACCUGCACAUUUGCGGUUGCGAUUCUGACAACAGUCUGCACGAGCUAGUGAAGCAGUACUUCACGGUGGAUAAUGUAGGCGUUGCGGUGGAUCGAAGUCCUGAAUCAGACGAAGACAAGCGGGCAAGGACUCUACUGGAGCAGACAACGAGGCGAGUCGAAGGCGGAUUCGAGACCGGGCUUCUGUGGCGCUACGAUCACGUGGAGUUCCCCGAUAACUACGCCAUGGCUGCACGACGGCUACGCUGCUUGGAGAAGCGCUUCAUUGCUGAUCCAGCCUUAUUCGAGAACGUCCAGCGUCAGAUAGCGCAGUAUCAGCAGAAGGGCUACAUCCACGAGGCGACGGAGGAGGAGCUGGCGACGGCCGACCCAAGACGGUUGUGGUAUCUUCCCGUCGGAAUAGUGCGGAACCCGAAGAAGCCAAACAAGAUCCGAAUCGUGUGGGACGCGGCGGCAACGGUGGACGGUGUUUCCCUGAACAGCAUGUUGCUGAAAGGGCCGGAUUUGGUUCAACCACUACCGAAUGUUCUCUGCGGAUUUCGGGAGCGAAAGGUAGCAGUGGUGGGAGAUAUUAUGGAAAUGUUCCAUCAACUGAAAAUCCGACCAGAAGACCGAUACAGUCAGCUUUUUCUCUGGUCCGGAGACACCGGCCAUUCCCCAAAGACCUUCGUUAUCGACGUAGCGACAUUCGGCUCCACCAGCUCCCCAUGCUCGGCGCAAUACGUGAAAAACGUGAAUGCAAGCGAACACGCAGAGGAAUACCCGAGAGCAGCAGAGGCGAUUGUGCGCCGACAUUACGUCGACGAUUACCUGCAAAGUUUCGACAACGAAGAAGAAGCGUGUCAGGUCAUAGAGGAGGUCAAGCUAGUGCAUCGGCGUGGUGGAUUCAUCAUCCGCAAUUGGCUCUCGAACUCGUCCGCAGUUCUCCAACGGGUCGGGGAAUCCGACACUACACCAACGAAGAUCGUCAGCGAUGGCGGAGCUCCAGGCAGUGCUCAGAUAGAACGUGUUCUGGGCAUGCAGUGGAAGGCAACUGAGGACGUGCUUGUAUUCUCCAGCGAAACCGACAUGGAAGUAAACCCCACCAAGCGAAGCAUUCUGCGAUAUGUAAUGAGCCAGUUCGAUCCGCUUGGGCUUCUUUCCCACUUCCUCAUCCACGGUCGCAUCAUUAUCCAGGACAUCUGGCGUACGAAAGCAGGAUGGGACGACACGGUAGAUGGGCAGAUUCUGGAGCGAUGGUGUUUGUGGACCGCAAAGUUCAAGGAGCUGAAAGAGGUACGAAUACCACGCGCCUAUUUUCCGGGCGUGACGGCGUCGGACAUUGAAAAUCUGCAGCUCCACGUUUUCGUCGAUGGCAGCGAGACUGCCUAUGCGUGCGUCGCCUACUUCAGGGCCACUAUCCGCGGAGAGUAUCACUGCGCACUUGUCGGAGGAAAAGCGAAAGUAGCUCCGAUAAAAGCCCUCUCGAUACCGAGACUAGAGCUCCAGGCAGCAUUGAUAGGCUGUAGGCUUAUGAAAACACUUUGCAACAGUCACAGCCUGCCGAUAUCUCAGCGAGUGUUCUGGACCGAUUCGAAGACCGUCCUCUCUUGGAUUCAUUCCGACCAUAGGCGCUACCGACAAUUCGUCGCCUGCAGAAUAGGGGAAAUUCUCUCCAAAUCAAAUCCAGUAGAGUGGCGGUACGUUCCAUCGAAGGCUAAUGUCGCAGACGACGGCACAAAGUGGGCCAGUGGACCAAAUUUGAAAACUGACAGCCGUUGGUUUAGAGGUCCGGACUUCCUGUGGAAGUCUGAAGAAUCGUGGCCACGCCAGGCUGAACCUGAAGCAACAAUCGUCGAGAUCAGACCGUGUCACGUUCACCUUACGCCGGAGCCUUGUGAGGUCAUCGCCUGGAGCCGCUUCUCUAAAUUCGAAAGGCUAAAACGGACAGUUGCCUACAUCUAUCGCUUCGCAGACAACUGUCGGCGGAAGGCGACGAAGCUGCCGUUACAGAGCUCGCACGUCACGCAUGAAGAACUAAAUAAAGCGGAGAACGCAAUCUGGCGGCUAGUGCAGCAAGAGCAGUUCCCGGAAGAGAUGAUUCAGCUGUUGAAGGCGAAGGAAGGACAGAAGCUGAAGUUGAACAGAUCCAGUAAAAUCUACAAACUGUCACCGUUCAUCGACGAAGCUGGAGUAGCCCGAAUGGACACACGAAUCGCUGGAGCAAUCUUCGUACCGUUCGAAACCAAGUUUCCCAUAAUUCUUCCGAAAGGACAUCGGCUAACUAAACUGGUCGUCGAGUGGUACCAUCGGUGCUACCUUCACGGAAACGUCGAGACCGUGAUCAACGAAGUGCGCCGGCGGUUCCACGUUCCGUGUCUACGCGCGUUAGUGCGGAAUCAGACAAAGACCUGUGUGCAGUGUAAGGUGUCCAAGGCCAAGCCAACGUGUCCGCGUGAGGCACCGCUACCAGAUGCACGCCUCAGUCCAUAUACUCGCCCUUUCAGUUUCGUUGGGCUAGACUACUUCGGCCCCAUUCAAGUCAAGGUUGGACGCUCUCUAGUCAAGCGAUGGGUGGCACUAUUUACAUGCCUCACUGUCAGGGCCGUUCACCUAGAGGUGGUGCAUUCGCUGUCCACCGAGGCUUGCAAGAUGGCAAUACGGCGGUUUGUCGUGCGACGAGGAGCACCGUUGGAGAUCCGGAGCGACAAUGGUACCAAUUUCCUAGGCGCUAGCCGCGAGCUCCGACAGCAGAUCCAAGAAAUGAACAAGCAACUGUCAGCCGUCUUCACCAAUGCAGUCACCAAGUGGGUGUUUAACCCACCGUCAGCACCUCACAUGGGUGGAUCGUGGGAGAGGCUCGUUAGGUCCAUAAAAGUCGCUUUUUCAGCCCUGUCGACGACCAGAAAUCCGGACGACGAGACUCUGCUCACACUUAUGAUCGAAGCAGAAGGGAUAGUGAACACCAGACCAUUGACUUUUGUUUCGCUGGAGUCAGAAGCUCAAGCCGCUCUUACUCCAAACCAUUUUCUCUUGCUGAGCUCGCAGGGAGUUGCUCAACCUCCGAUGGCCAUCCCAGAACGUCCAGAGUCCCUGAGGACCAACUGGCGACUCACGACGAAUCUAGUGAAUCAAUUCUGGCAGAGAUGGGUGCGCGAGUACCUCCCGACUAUCUCUGGACGUACCAAGUGGUAUGACGAAGCGAAGGAACCAAAGGUUGGAGAUCUGGCAGUCGUCGUCGAUCCUUCGGUCAGGAACGGGUGGCUUCGUGGGCGGAUCAUUUCCGCUAUCCAAGGACGAGACGGGCGUUGCAGGCAGGUACUUGUGAAGACCUCUGGAGGAGUGUUACGGCGACCUGUGACCAAGGUUGCCAUUCUGGACGUCAAGGUAGCGGAUGAUGGAGAAGUUGAGUGUAACGCAGUACCACCGGAAGCGCUGGACGUGCAUUACGGGUCGGGGGAUGUUGGGGGCAACCCUACGCCACUGCCAACCGAUAGCGCGCAACACUGUUUCAUGUCACCAACACUUCCCCAACCGUCAGGUGUCAAAUAUUGACAGAAGCCAUCUGACACUCCAA